UAACUUGAGUCAAAGAAAACACAAACUCACUUCAUCCUUCUUGACAUAAGAAUCUAGAAACGCUGAACAAGAACUAGAACUAGAAAAGAUUCACAAAAGAUGGAAAAAAUAGAGCACACAACGGUUCAAACCAACGGAAUAAAAAUGCACGUGGCAUCAAUCGGUUCAGGUCCAGUAAUCAUCUUCCUCCACGGUUUCCCUGAGCUAUGGUAUUCAUGGCGGCACCAGCUUCUUUCUCUCUCCGCUCUCGGCUACCGCGCCGUCGCACCUGACCUCCGUGGCUACGGUGACACCGACUCGCCAUCUUCUCCUUCUUCUUACACCGCCCACCACAUCGUUGGUGACCUCGUCGGACUUCUCGAUGCUUUGAAUGUGGAUCGAGUUUUUUUGGUUGGACAUGAUUGGGGUGCUGCUAUGGCUUGGUAUUUUUGUUUGUUGAAACCUGAUCGUGUUAAGGCUUUGGUUAAUAUGAGUGUUGUUUUUCGCUCUAGGAAUCCUGUGAGGAAGCCUGUUCAAACUAUGAGGGCUUUGAUGGGUGAUGAUUAUUAUAUGUGCAGGUUUCAGAAACCUGGGGAGGCAGAAGAAGAGUUUGCGCGUGCUGGUGCUACAAGAAUAAUAAAAUCAUUUCUUACAUUGCGUGAUCCUCGUGCACUUUGUGUGCCAAAAGAGAUAGGUUUUGGAGGUUCCCCUAACACUCAUAUUACUUUACCUAAAUGGCUCUCUGAAGAAGAUGUCAAUUAUUAUGCUACCAAAUUUGAACAGAAAGGCUUCACUGGUGGACUGAACUACUAUCGUGCCCUCGACCUAACCUGGGAAUUGAUGGCGCCAUGGACCGGAGAACAGAUCAAAGUACCGGCGAAGUUUAUUGUGGGAGACCUGGACCUUACAUAUAACACACCAGGCGUUAAGGAGUAUAUACAUAAUGGUGGUUUUAAGAGAGAAGUGCCAUACUUGCAAGAAAUGGUUGUGAUGGAAGGAGUAGCUCACUUUAUAAAUCAGGAAAGACCAGAAGAAAUCAGUGCGCACAUAUAUGACUUCAUCAAGAAAUUUUAAUCUGCUUCGUUCUUCACAUGAAUGCCGUGUAAAAGUUAUUUAUAAUUACAUAUUUUGGAUUGCACUGUCCCGCACGCUUGCAAGAGUGCCAGGUUUGCAGAAUUUCUAGUUUCUAGCGCAAUAGCUAGUAUUUGUGUGUCUUAACUUCCAUAUAGACAAGAAUCAAACUUGUCUAUAACUUGAUCCCCGUUUCCUUAUGCCUUGGUGCUUGAAUCCUGCUCUACUCCGAAGUGGUAGGCUUCCUUUGGUCUCUCCUGUCAUCAAUAUAUGCUGGUAGUUUAAUGAUUCAACUUAGCUAGAUGUAUUUAACGUUUUGUUUGAAAGUUAUGAGGGAAAAGGACUGGAAGGGCUUUGGAGGGAAGAGGGGGAAGGGAAACACAGGAAUCCUUCACUUUUUUUCCAAUUUUGAAAUUGAGAAAAUAAUGCAUUUGAAAAUUUAUUCAAAAUCCUCUAAAGUCUUCCAAUGGGUUUUUUAAGCUCCCCUGUAAUGGAUGGUUUUAGUCCAGUAAAUAAUAAAAUGAAGGGACUACUCACCCUUCCCUUUCCCUUUUAUUCCUUUCAUCCUCAAAGUCCUCCCCUAUUUCCCUUUAAAGUACUCUCAUACGCCUAAGUUGAGAUAUUGUAAAGGACAGCAAAACAUGUAAACUCUCAUUCAAAGUAAAUUUCCAUUUAAGAGCUGAGCAUGUGUGUUAUGGAGAAGAAGAUGCACCUCA